UCUUAUCAAAGUUCGAUGUUUGUAAUUUGUAAUCAAUCAAAUUUUAUCAUUGAAGAUUCAAGUUUGUGAAUUUUUUCAAAGUUUCUUUUAAAAAAUGAGGAGUUCUGGUUAGAUUUACGAGAAAAUUUGUGUUUUUAAUAAUUGAAUUGAUCUUGUUCUUUCAACAGAAAAAAUUAUUGUCGUGAAAUGGAUGAAAAUUCAGCUAUUCUAUUUAAACAAGGAGCCGAAGGAAGAAUUUUCAAAAUUUCUUACCUUGGCAAACCGGCAAUUUUAAAGGAACGUUUCAAAAAGAAAUAUCGAAAUGAAGACCUCGACAAUCACUUAACUAAAGAACGAAUACGAGCUGAAGCGAAAUCAAUUUUAAAAUGCAAAAAUGCGGGUAUUCAUACUCCUGCCGUUUACCUGGUAGAUUUCGAAAAACGGCGUAUUAUUAUGGAAUUUAUUGAACGCAGCGAGACAGUUUCCGAUUAUAUUAUUAAAUUUUCCAAGAAUGAUAGCAAAUCUAUUAACGAAGAGCUGACCCGACUAUCUAAUGAAAUUGGUCGUACCAUCGGAAAAAUGCAUGUCAAUAACAUAAUUCAUGGCGAUUUAACAACUUCGAAUAUUUUAGUGAAGUAUUUAAACGAUACAGAAUACCAUAUAGUUUUAAUUGAUUUUGGACUAAGUCACAUCAAGUCAUCAGAUGAAGAUAAAGCUGUCGAUCUUUAUGUUCUGGAACGAGCUUUAACUAGUAAACAUAAUAAUGUUAGUUGGUUUUUUGAUAAUAUUCUCAGUUGUUAUGCCAAGUAUGAUAAACUUAACGAAAAAGUUGUUCGUAAACUAUCUGAAGUAAGAAGUCGAGGGCGAAAGAGAACGAUGGUUGGAUAACCCACAUUUUUUUCAUGUCAUUCACGAUAUCACAUUUCCUUACAAUGGACUAUUCGUUUCGUUUUCAAAUGUAUUAUUUAAUAAAAAUACAUUUUUUUAUUAUU